AUGGGCCGGUGGAUAGGAAUAUUAUUGGCUGAAACUGGUUCUUCUACGGACCCCGGAGCCCUGCACUAUGACUACAUUGAUGUGGACACCACUGCCAAUGUCAUACAAACUGCCAAGCAGUCUUUCUGUUUUAUGAACAGAAGGGUAAUAUCCACCAAUCCCUAUCGAGAAGCUCCUACAAAUGGCUAUUCCUGCCCCAGCGGCCUGGCUCUUCAUUAUGAUGAUGUUCCAUGUAUUAAUGGAUUGCUAAAGAGCAAGAAACCACCUACAGCUACCAAUGGAAUUUUAUCAAGGUCCAGGGUAACCAACAACCAGCAAAAGAAACCCAAUCCAACUACUACUGUAAAACGUACAGCCUCCAACGCUGAACAAUAUAAAUAUGGGAAGAAUCGGGUGGAGGCAGAUGCUAAGAAACUGCAGCUCAAGGAGGAGGAGCUAAUGAGAAAGAAAGAGGCUCUUCGAAACAGACUAGCCCAGCUUCGCAAAGAAAAACGAGACACGAGGGCAGCAAUCGAAGCCAAUGCAGGAAGAAAAUCUCAGGUCUUGCUGGAGGAAAAGCUGAAGAAGCUGGAGGAUGAGUGUAAACUGAAAGAGGGUGAGCGAGUAAAUCUCGAGUUGGAGCUGACUGAGGUGAAGGAAAGUCUGAAGAAGGCCAUGGCCGGUGGGAUCACACUGGGUCUUGCUAUUGAACCCAAAAAUGAAACCUCAAGGCCACAGUCUCCAAGCUUCCGGCACAGAACAGUGGAGAACUCUCCAAUCUCCAGCUGUGACACAAGUGAUGCCGAAUGCUCCAUACCAGUAAAUAGUGCCUCAGCAUUAAAACGGCAGCCUGCAUCAAAUAACUCCCCAGUACGAGGACACGUUCUAAGGAAAGCAAAGGUGAGA